AUGGAGAAGUUCCAGGCUGCGAUGCUGCUGGGGGCCGUCGGGGACGCGCUGGGGUUCGGGCACGCCGCCAGGGAGAGCAGUGGCUUGGGCGCCAGGGUGCAGGAGGAGCUGGGGAAGGGGGGCGGGUUGGACAACCUCGUGCUCUCGCCGGAGACGUGGCCGGUGAGCGGCAACACCAUCAUGCACAUGUCGACGGCGGGGGCCCUCGUCACAGACUUCUGGUGCCUGGACGACCUCUACCGUGAAAUGGUGCGGCGCUAUGUGGAUGUCCUAGAGAAGCUCCCGGAGCAGCGGGCAGACCCGGCCACCCUGGAGGGCUGCUCCCAGCUGAAGCCGGACAACUACCUCCUCGCGUGGCACACGCCGUUCAAUGAGAAAGGCUCGGGGUUUGGUGCCGCCACCAAGGCGAUGUGCGUGGGGAUGCGGUACUGGAAGCCAGAGCGGCUGGAGACGCUGGUGGAGGUCAGCGUGGAGUGCGGCAGGAUGACACAUAACCACCCCACAGGCUUCCUCGGGUCUCUGUGCACUGCCCUCUUUGCGUCGUAUGCCGUCCAGGGAAAGCGGCUGGAGCAGUGGGGGCGCGACAUGCUGCGGACAGUGCCGCUGGCCGAGGAGUACUGCAAGAAGACCAUCCGGCACCUGGCAGAAUACCAGGAGCACUGGUUUUACUUUGAAGCUAAGUGGCAGUUUUACCUGGAGGAGAGAAAAAUCAUCGAGGACACCGAGGACGAGGCCAGCUUCCCCGACCGCUACGACGCGGAGGAGAGGGACAAAACCUACAGGAAGUGGAGCUCUGAGGGUCGGGGAGGACGGCGGGGCCACGACGCCCCCAUGAUCGCCUACGACGCCCUCCUGGGAGCCAAGGGCAGCUGGACGGAGCUGUGCCGCCGUGCCAUGUUCCACGGAGGGGAGGGCGGGGCCACCGGGGCCAUCGCCGGCUGCCUGUUCGGGUUGCUGCAAGGCCUGGACGCCGUCCCGGCGGGCCUGUACCGCGAGCUGGAGCACCGGGAGGAGCUGAGGCGCCUGGGCGAGGCACUGCACCGCCUGUCCACGCAGGAGAACCCCAGGAACAGCAAGAUUUGCAGCGACAAGACGCCCAUCGACGUACAAGCCCUGAAAAAGAGGGUCAGCCGGGUGACGUGCAACCCAGCGGCCCGCGCCAUCCUCAGCAGCCUGCUGCUCUACCUGGCCGACCGCGAGGACGCGCCCCCGGGGCCUCCUGCCGCCCGGAGGGCGAGCCGGGCCCCGGGGCCCCAGGAUGCCCAGCGGCGGCCCACGCGCUUCCAGCUGCUCCAGGCCAGGUUCAUGGGCAGCGGCCGCGAGCCCCGCCUCAAGAAGACCCGAGAGGUGGGGCGGCUGAUCUUCAAGGACAAGCAGGGCCCUGGCCGGAGCCUGGUGGCGGCCACCAUCCACAAGCUGCUGGAGAAGGCCGGGGAGGCGGCCGGCCGCCCGGCCCCCGGCAGGGAGCUGCCGGGCCGCGAGAAGCCGCGGGCCCUCCCGGCUGGGAGGAGCUCUGUGAAGAGCAUCCUGAAGGUGUUCCUGGCCGCGGAGGAGAAGCAGGCCGCGGAGCAGCCUCCCGCGCAGCCGCCCGCAGCCGCCGGGGGCCCGGCCGCGAAGGCGAGGGUGGGCGGCGGGCGGAGCGCGGCGCUGGCCAGGCUGCGGGAGAAGUUCGCGCAGAGCGGCGGCCUGUGCGCGGAGGCCGGCCUCCUGCCGCGGCGCGCGGAGGAGCGCGCGAAGAAGCGCCCGCCGCGGAGGACGCUGCACCGACCGGAGCCGCGCGUGCUGCGUGUGGCCACCCUGGCCAGCAGCUGCCUCCGCGCACCGACCACCCGCCUCCUGGCCUGCUCCACCGAGCCCGCGCUGCCCUUCAGCGUCGCCACCGUGGUCUGCGGGCCCCGGAGCUGGCUGUCCCACGGCACCCGAGUCACCCACACGGGCGUGGGCCGUGCGCCCCAAGGGGAGACGGGCACCUCCCCCGGCGGGGCAGAGACCCCCGGCGGGAGCAGAGAGCCGGGGUGGCGGCCCCCGCAGCCCUCCACACCCUGGCGUGCAGCUUCCAGGGACGGCCUGGAGACAGAGCUCCCAGGUGUGGGGCUCGAGUGUGUUCCCCAGACAGCCCCCGCUGCAGCCUCCCCUGGGGGCCAAGCCUGUCCUGGCGGCAAGCCUGUGAGCUCUGCGCUGGGCCCAGCCAGCCCAGGUCUUCCUGGGGCUGCUCAGGGAGCCAGGGAAGCAAGUCUGGGACCGCAGCCAGGACUCUCCGGAGGCAGCGCGGGGGUGGGUCCCGAGCUCACCCUGACCGUCUGCAGCUCAGAGGAUGAGAUGGACACAAGUGUGGACUGGGUGUCGGAACCCCUCUUCGCCAUCCAGGAGAGCUUCCCAGAAGAGAAGGCGCCGGGACACAUCCCCCCACUGGCCGCAGUCACUGCACCCUCCGCCCAGGCCGUGCGGCGCACACAGCCGGCUAUGGAGCCCCCGCAGGUCACCGUCAGACUCCCGGUGGUCCACACGAUGUCGCCCCCUCCCGCCACCCCGCAAAGGGCAUUGGGAGACCAAGGCUGGGGUCCUCUGCGUGGGGUCGGUAUGACUGGAAACCCAGGCACCCCACAUCCCCCCAUGGCUGAGAGCAGGAGCUGGGGUGCGCCGACGCUGGAACUGAGCCUGGCCGCCCGGCAGCCAGAGGGCCCAGGGGCGGAGCCGAGGCUCACGGCCCCACGCGGUACUGCUGCCCGCGGUCCAGACGUCCCUGCGGCGGCCCCGACAGAGCCACAGAACAGCUCCCUGGGGGGAAAGGACCCCAGACCUGGGCCUGGGGCCUCACACUGGCUCCUGAAGCCCAAGGACAUUCGUGGGGAGGACGCGUCCCCCAUGAGUUCUGAGCCGCCUUGGCCGUCAGAACCGCGGGAACGGCCGGGUGGCGACGCCAAUGCCUGGGAGAACCGUCAGAGGGGCCACGCGGGCUGUGCACCUAGUGGUCAGCACGAGCCGGCGCCCAUGGCUCCUGGCAGCAGGAGCGGGACGAGUGUCCCCAAGUGGCCAGCGGCACCGGCUGGGGCUGGGAUGAGGCCCAGGAGCCUGAGUCCCAUGGACAGGAGCCCCCCGAGUGAGCAGGAAGGACGCGGGGGGCUCCCACCACCCCUGGAGUCAGCUGGGUGCGUGCUGACAGCUGCAGGGAGCACCAGCUGUGAUCCUGGUGAGAACAGAGCCUCCUCCGAAAAUGAACAGACACCACCCAGUGUCAGAGCACCCAGGUGGGAGCCCGUGGGUGGGGCCUCCUGGAGUCCCCCAGCCCCGAGCCCCAGAAGCGGGGCAGCUGGGCAGGGGGAGGGUGGGGGUGCUGGGGGGCCCGCAGGCCUGGGUCUCGUGGGCGUCGUGGCCGAGGAGGCUGCUUGCCAGCCCGGCGGCCACAGCUCGGCCUUGGGGUCCCCGCCCGGCCCCCCUCAGGAGGCCCCUGGCAUUCCGACCCUGGCUGUCCAGCCCCGCCCGGUGGCUUCGCGUGAACUGGCCGCAGGUGAUGUGGCCACAGGCGGAGUGAAGGUGGCCGCAGGAGGCAGAAUCGCAGGCACCGCGCGGCAGAGCCCUUGUGGGGACAGCGCAGAGCCCCCAGCUCCAGUCCCGGGCCUGCCGGCGCCAUGGGGCAGCCACGCGGCAGGGACUCCGAGGCUGCAGCUUCCUGAGACGCAGCAGGCAGAGGGCAGGGUGGGCCUCUCGUCCAGUGAACAGCUUCCCCUCAGUGCCAGGCCUUCCCGUCAGCCCGCCCCCUUGUCCACAGCAGCAGACAGGCCACAGGGGGACAGGGCAGUCCCGAAGCACCCUGACCUCCAGGCUUCCAGGCAAGUGGUGGGAGGAGAGAGGACCAGCCUGGGCAUGGGAGAAAGUCUCCCUGGACGAGAGGGGGGGUCCCCAGGGGCUGUGAGUCGGGGUGGUUCUGGAAGGAAGGGAGAAGGCCUUUGGGGCGAGAGGCCCAACUCGCGAGGGGUCAGGGAGGCUGGGAGCCGGCCCCGGGAGGAGGCGGCCCCAGAGGAGGUUCCCGGUGGGCGUGCCGGAAAGGGCCCAGGGCGCCCGCAGAGGCAGCAGGCGGGGCACGCCGAGAGCCGCCCCGAGGAGCAGAGGGCCCCAGCUGCAGAGAGCCAAGCCCCGUUCCCCUCAGGGAGCCCCGCGCUCCCAGCACAGGCCCAGGUGGGUCAGAUGAUGCCCCUCAGCUCAGCACGGCCCGCGAGCUGCUCGGUGGGAGUGAUGCUCGCUGCAGGCAGAAAUGAGGCGCCCCAGGUUCCAGCCCCCAGGGGUGGUCAGGGGGGCCCCCAAGCGCUACUGGGAGAGGGGCAGAGUCAGGCAGCCCCCAGCCCCCGGGAGGGGGAGAUUCAGGCAGCCUCCAGCAUCCAGAAGGGGCAGAGCCAGGCGGCCCCCAGCACCCAGAAGGGGCAGACAUGGGUGUCCCCCAGUCUCAGGAAGGGGCAGAGCCGGGCACCCUCCAGUAUCCAGGAUGGGCGGAGCCAGGCGGCCCCCAGUCCCUGGGAGAGAGAGACCCAGGCACCCUCCAGCACCCAGAAGGGGCAGAGCCAGGCAGCCCCCAGCCCCCGGGAGGGGGAGAUUCAGGCAGCCUCCAGCAUCCAGAAGGGGCAGAGCCAGGCGGCCCCCAGCCCCCGGGAGGGGGAGACCCAGGCAGCCUCCAGCAUCCAGAAGGGGCAGAGCCAGGCGGCCCCCAGCCCCCGGGAGAGGGAGACCCAGGCAGCCUCCAGCAUCCAGAAGGGGCAGAGCCAGGCAGCCCCCAGCCCCCGGGAGGGGGAGACCCAGGCAGCCUCCAGCAUCCAGAAGGGGCAGAGCCAGGCAGCCCCCAGCCCCCGGGAGAGGGAGACCCAGGCAGCCUCCAGCAUCCAGAAGGGGCAGACAUGGGUGUCCCCCAGUCUCAGGAAGGGGCAGAGUCAGGCACCCUCCAGUAUCCAGGAUGGGCGGAGCCAGGCGGCCCCCAGUCCCCGGGAGAGAGAGACCCAGGCAGCCUCCAGCAUCCAGAAGGGGCAGAGCCAGGAAGCCCCCAGGCCCUGGGAGGAAGAGAGCCAGGUGGCCCCCAGCAUCCAGAAAGGGCAGACCUGGGUGUCCCCCAGUCUCAGGAAGGGGCAGAGCCGGGCACCCUCCAGUAUCCAGGAUGGGCGGAGCCAGGCGGCCCCCAGUCCCUGGGAGAGAGAGAGCCAGGCACCCUCCCGCAUCCAGAAGGGGCAGAGCCAGGUGGCCCCCAGCCUCUGGCCAGCACAAGGCUCUGUAGUGCCCACACCCAAGCUGGGGAGCAGCCUUGCGCCCCGUGUCCUUGCCCAGGAGGGGCCCCCAGAUGCUCCCGGGGUGGGGAGCGCCAGGCGCGGGCCACACCUGGCCAAGUACCGAGCCCAGAGCUUCAGUGAUGAGAGGUCCUUCGAGCUGUCCUUCAGGCCAAGCAUCCUCAGGGCCAGUGACAAGUACAGGCCUCCGAAGUGA